AUGUCCAUUCACGGUAUAGAUGCUGCGGAUAUUUCCAAAAUUUCCUCGGGACAGGUGAUAAUUGACCUACGGUCCAUAGUGAAGGAGCUUGUUGAGAAUUCCAUCGAUGCUCUCUCGACUAAAAUCCUGAUAAACUUUGUCAAUUAUGGGGUCGACUCCAUCACAGUGCAAGAUAACGGCAAGGGAAUUGAACGCGAAGACUUUGAAGGGCUUUGCUUGCGCAACCAUACUUCGAAAUUGACGGAAUUUGAGGAUUUGACCGAGUUGGACACGUUGGGAUUCCGUGGCGAAGCCUUGAAUUCGAUAUGUGCAUUGGCUGAUAAUGUCACGGUGACGACUCGAACCAAAGACGCUAGCCCCAUCAUUUACACUUUGCGCUUUGACAAACUUGGACGGCUCGUGGACCAGUCCAAAAAACGCGUUGGUAUGAGCAAUCCCUCGGGGACCAUAGUCUCCAUCGAUCUGCUUUUCAAGCAAUUCCCCGUACGGUACAAGAACUUUAUCAAAAACUCCAAAAGAGAGUUUCAUAAAGCGGUGAGUUUCAUUACAAACUACGUUUUGAUCCACCCUGCUAUCAAGUUUGAGUUGUCAAACACCAACAACGGCAAGAAAAACACGCUUUUGUCGUCUCGCGGUGGGGAAAGCAACCUGGUGAUUGACAAUCUAAUUUCGAUAUAUGGCACAACCAACAAUACUAAUUUGCUUCAGAUCGAGCUAGAAAUCAACAAGGAUGUACAAAUAACGGGCCACAUUUCGUCUUACUCCUUCGGGCUAGGCCGUUCUACUCAGGAUCGGCAGUUUCUUUAUGUCAACAAAAGGCCAGUGGUUUUCAAGAAAUUGGUAAAGAUGAUCAACGAGGUGUAUAAACUAUUCAACCAUGUUCAAUAUCCCGUGUUUAUUCUAGACCUCAAGAUCAAUCCAAAUUGCAUAGAUGUAAAUGUGUUGCCAGAUAAAACCAGCGUUUUAAUCCAUGAUGAAGAUAGGAUUCUCGAACUAAUCCGAGAACAAAUGGUUGAUUUUUACCAAACUAAAGAUGAGGUCGUGAUACCGAGAAAUUUCCAUAACCAAGGGCAACUUUCUCAGACAACAUUAGAGGACACGAUGAUGAAUUUCCCCUCAUCAAGCGCAAGCGCGGGCGGCGGCGGCGGCGGCGGCGGCUGGCAAGCUGGUAAACUUUCACAAAGCACCCUUGAUUUGAUCUCGUCAAAGAAUGAUUAUGAUGGAAACCGACCGAGUGCUCGACUGAGACUCAUGUUAUCUUCGUUUCAAAUGGAAGAUGAAUCGCUGCGGAAUAUAGAGCAUGAAAUCGAUGGUGAAAGUCAUGAUCCCGAGGAGCAAAAAAUAGUCAGCCAGCUGAAAACAAAUCUCAGCGAGGUUGAUAAUGACAAAGACGAGGAAGAAGAAGAGGAAGAAGAGAAAGAAGAGGAAGAUGUGGCAGAUGAACAUGUCAAAGAAAACGGUAGCCUCACAUAUGAUGCGAUUGACCAACCCCAGCAGGGUGGUGGGUUUAUUGACAUUUCCUCAGCAGGUGAAGCUGAAUUUGUAGAGGAAACCAAAGAGUCGAGUCCUGGGGGACCUUCUUCAGAUCAACUUUUCGUACCGGAGGAAGCGGACCAGACGCUGGUCCCUCUUGGUGAAGAACAGAAACAAGAACUAGAACAAAUCCAGGAAAACUCGCCGGUUGAGUUGGAUUCCUGUCGUGGAUAUGAGAAAGAAAUGACUUUGACGGACUCGCAGCAAACGGUGCUGUCCGAUGAUUCACCAAAUAUAAAGAAACGCACUCUUGAUGAGCUCAUUUCGCCUGCUCGCAAAUCUGUCCGCAACUCCAGCAUCAUAUCAUCUUACUUGUACACGAAGCCCCCUUCUCCAAAUAGUUCCCCAGUGGAGGACCAACAUGGAAAGAAUUUUUUCCCUGCCCCGCAAGUGGAAGAUGAUUCCAUUCGCUUGAGCAUUGGCGAUCAGGAUUUCGAAGUAAGCUAUCUGCAAAAAGUCAAGCAGAGUGGCGGCGAAUUGUACAAGUUACAAAAGAGACAAUCUAGUGAAGUGCUCCAUGCUUUGAUCACGGACUUGCCACAACAUGGAUCGCGCAGCGGUCUGCAAUCUCAGCUGCUCAAAAUAAACAACAACUUGGACGACCAGGAAAUAUACCUGAUUAAGAAAUCCGAUUUCUUAGCGAUGAAGUUGAUUGGGCAGUUCAACUUGGGUUUCAUCUUGGUGAUCCAUGGCUCAAAUUUGUUCAUUAUAGAUCAACACGCAUCCGAUGAGAAGUACAACUUCGAGAGAAUACUUCAAGAGUUUAAAGUUGCGCAUCAGCCAUUGAUUACGCCCGUGACUGUUGAAGUUAACGUCAUCGAUGAGAUGCUCGUGUUGGACCACAUUGCCAUAUUCCAGCAAAAUGGAUUCAGACUCACCAUCGACAGCGACAAGCCACCAGGUUCACGAAUCGCAUUGACUUCGUUCCCCGUGUACCACAACAUCAUGUUUACGGUGGACGAUUUUUACGAAUUGAUCAACUUAAUCAAUGAUCAACCAGGGAACAAGGGGAUCAAAUGCUCCAAGAUUAGGAAAAUUGUUGCUAUGAAAGCGUGCCGAAGCAGUGUCAUGAUUGGCUCAUCGUUGACCAGAAACAAGAUGAAUGAGUUGGUGUUUCAUUUGAGUACCCUAGACAAGCCGUGGAAUUGCCCUCACGGACGGCCAACGAUGCGACACUUGGUUGAGUCCAACAAUUGGCAAAGCCGAUAUCCAGACUAUGAAUUGUAA